ACGGGUGAAAGUUCACUGAGGAGCCGGCCAUUGUUGUCAUCCUUGAUCGAGCCCCCAAACCCAAACCAGCGGGCGUCCUGGUCUCGGCAGUGCCCACGGGUGCCCCAAGAGGGAGGGGCGGGGCGGGGGUCUGGAGAAGUCACGUGCCCCCUCCCGCCCCAGGUCGCCCUCUCAGCAUGGGGAUCCCCUGGCCACAGCCCUGGGCGCUCCGUCUCCUGCUCUGCUUCCUGCCUGGGACACUGGGCUCAGAGAACCAUCUCUCCCUCCUGUACCAUGUCACCGCGGUGUCCUCCCCUGCCCAGGGUACUCCUGCCUUCUGGGUAUCUGGCUGGCUGGGUCCACAGCAGUACCUGAGCUACAGUAACCUGCGGGCCGAGGCUGAGCCCUACGGGGCUUGGGUCUGGGAAAACCAGGUGUCCUGGUAUUGGGAGAAAGAGACCACAGACCUGAGGAACAAGGAGAAGCUCUUUCUGGAAGCUUUGAGAGUCCUGGAGGGAGCAGGUCCCUACACCUUGCAGGGUCUGCUGGGCUGUGAAUUGGGCCCUCACAACGCCUCAGUGCCCACGGCCAAGUUUGCCCUGAAUGGCGAGGAGUUCAUGCAGUUCAACACCACGACGGGCACCUGGGAGGGGGACUGGCCCGAGGCACAAGCUGUCAGUAGCCGAUGGAUGAAGGAGGCUGAGGUGGUCAGCAAGGAGAGGACCUUCCUGCUCAACUCUUGCCCCCAGCGGCUACUGGGGCACCUGGAAAGGGGCCGUGGAAACCUGGAGUGGAAGGAGCCGCCCUCCAUGCGUCUGAAGGCCCGACCCAGCAGCCCUGGCUUUUCCGUGCUCACCUGCAGUGCCUUCUCCUUCUACCCCCCGGAGCUGCAACUUCGAUUCCUACGGAAUGGGCUCGCAGCUGGUUCUGGAGAGGGUGACUUUGGCCCCAACGGCGAUGGCUCUUUCCACGCCUGGUCAUCAUUAACAGUUAAAAGUGGCGACGAGCACCACUACCGCUGCCUUGUGCAGCAUGCGGGGCUGCCACAGCCCCUCAUGGUGGAGCUGGAAUCUCCAGCCAAGUCCUCAGUGCCUGUGGUUGGAAUCGUCAUCGGCUUCUUGCUGCUCACGGCAGCAGCUGCAGGAGGAGCUCUACUGUGGAGGAGAAUGAGGAAUGGGCUGCCAGCCCCUUGGAUCUCUCUUCGUGGGGACGACUUAGGGGCCCUCCUGCCCACACCUGGCUUGCCCCAGGAUGCCGACUCUCAGGAUAUAAAUGCAUUUCCAGCAACUGCCUGACCACCUGCAUUCUGGCUGCUAAUAACUAAUGUAGUCAGGUCUUUUUCAUGCUGUGAGACCCCCUGGAAUCCUGGCAUCUCUGAGCCUCCAGAAGGAGUCCGGGGCCCGAUGUCUUCCCUCUGGUCCCCUCCUCCUCUCCUCCCGUGGCCUGCCUCAAUUUUCCCUCCUAAUAUAUAUGGUUCUUUCCACAUCCACAUA